AUGCAUGUGUGCUGGUGGUGUGGGUUUGUGGGGUAUCGAUCGCGAGUGUCGCGUACCGGCGCUCAGGGUCUCCGGGCUCAGGGCCAUGACCUCAAUAUUCUGAAGCCGUCGGAGAAGAAGGCGAAGUACCAAUACGGAGGUCUCAACUCUGGUCGACCCGUCACCCCUCCCAGAGGGCCUUUUAUGCGAUACGAAAGUUUAGACCAUUUUUCAAGAGACAACGAUAUUGCCUACCCGUCCUAUCCACGCACACCAAAACGCAAUGACACCAAAACGCAA